CUUUACUUAUGGCUUUCCUCCGAUAAUAUAAAUCAUAUAUAUAUCGCGAUUUCUGGUGAUGAAUUUUAAAAAUUGGCCACAAAGAUUCAACUUUUCUUUUACCCUCGUGGGGUUCGGUUUCGGCUAUAAUAAACAAAAUAUUUUACAUUAUAAUAUGCAAUCAAUAGAAAAUAAAGUAACAUUAUAAGAAACAAUAUAUGUUUUACCUUCUCUCAUCUUCUGCUCUAAUUCUUCUAGAGUAGGUUCUAUAAGUUCCCAACCAUCUGGUGGAGGCUUCUUGCUUCUUCGUACUUUAGGCAUUUUUAAAAUUUAAUAAUUAUAAACAAUAACUAAACGUUGAACAGUGAGAUGUUUCUACAGUGAACAGUACGAAAGGUAACAAACAAAUCAUACUUGCUACCUUAUAACAGUGCUGCCUUAAUAGUUGGCAAUACAAUUUUAUUUUCGUCAAGAUUUAUUCAACCUGAAUGAAUGAUUCCUUUCAAAUAAUAUUUAAUUAAUUAAAUAAUCGUUAAAACUUUUGAAAAAGUCUAAUUGGAUUGACUAAAACUCAAAAAAUUCAGAUAAACUAUAAUAACCUGGGACAAGUAGUACAGGUUAUCUAUUCUAGGAACUACAUACAAGACGUAUUUGGCCUUUGGCGAGAACGUUUAUUAAAUUCCAGUUUAAUCUGCACGUACAUAAUCAUGCCACGAGGAAAGUACACUAAUCAUAAAGGAAGGAGUAGAAAAUUUACAAGUGCUGAAGAACUCGAAGAACAAAGAAGGCAAGAUGAGAGGAUCAGGCAAAGGAGGCUUGAAAGAGGUGACAUAUCCAGCGAAUCAGAACCAGAAGAAAAAAAUGAAGGCAGUGGUUCCGAUUCUGAAGAAAGUGAUAGUGAUGAUGGACCACAUAAGGUAAAAGGAGUAGAAAAUCUUAUUGAGGUUGAGAACCCGAAUAGGAUUCAGAAGAAAACUAAGAAAGCUCCGACCGCUGCUGUUAAUCCUGAGGCGCCAGCAAAGCCCGAAUUAUCUCGUAGGGAGAGAGAGGAAAUAGAGAAGGCCAGAGCAUCUGCCCAGUAUCAAAAGCUGCAUGCAGAAGGGAGGACGGCGCAAGCUCAAGCUGACCUUGCUCGACUGGCCAUCGUGAAGCAGCAACGAGAAGAAGCUGCUAAGAGAAGGGAAGCAGAAAGAAUGGAAAAGGAAGCCGCAAAAGCGAGCAAGACGCAGCAGACACAGCGUGCACUCGGCAAGAAGACUACAUGAAGAGUUUUUAAUUUAUUUUCUCCUCUAUGGUCUCACCAUCAAUCAUAUAUAUAAAAUGUACAAUAAUUCUCUCCUUGCCUAUCGUUUUAUGUCUUAUAUAAAAAUAUAUUUUUUCUUUUUCAUUUUUUAUUUUUCUGAAGUUUUCAUUUCUUAAAAAUUUGUGAUAUUUGUUAUACUCUUUGUCUCUGCUUGGGAAUUUUUCAUAUAUCAUUAAUUACGAUGAAUCAAUGGGUUAAAAGAUUGUGGGCAAAGGAUGUAAAAACUGAAUUAAAAAUCACUCUGACGUGUAGAAUUAUUAUUUUUUUUUUAUUUGGUCUUUAUUCUAUGUUAUUAUUUUUGAAGUAAUAUAAGGACCAAAUAGGUUUGAGACAGCUUUGUAAAAUUUACAUUAUGUAGAUCUUUAUUAUAUUUUACAUUACGUUUUGUAUGUUUGUAUAAAAUAUGUUUGAAAAUAAAUUAAAAUUAAAUUUAAUUUAGUACAUAUUAAGUUCUUCAGGGGUAACUGCGCCACGAGCUUAUUACAUAGCAUUAAAAGAAUCAGAUCCAGUUUGUUAGUGGUCUGUUUUGAAUUUUUUUUUAAUUGUUUAAUUUUUUAUUUCACUAUUAAUUUUAAUAUUUAAGUUUAAGACUUGAAAAUAUAGUAUAAAAAAAUCAAUUUUCAUUUAUGAAACAUCUAUCUCAUAGCAUCUUUCCUGAAAUACUCAAUAAAAUAAGAACGUUGUUGAAAAUCCUUAAAAUGAUUUAUUAGGUAUUCGGGAUGAUAUUGACUUAUUCAAAGAAUUGUUCCUAAAGUAACUGAUUUAAACUGGUUUUGAAUUAUUGCGGUCUUGUGGACAACGAUAUUAUGAACUGCUCAAGAAUUAUUACAUUUGUAUUCACCUAAGCGUUAUAAUUAUUUAUGGGAAAAUGAAUCAACGCUCCUACCCCUACUCCAAUUAAAAAUAUGAAAUAUUCAUAAGAAAUGGUAGUAACAAAAAAAUAAUUUCUUAUCGUGUAUGAUUAGUAAAUUAAAUACUGUUAUACCAUUAAAUUUAUUAAAAUUUCCUUUCACUUCCUUAUAGUAUCAGCAGUAAUAUUUAAAAAGUUUUAUUUAUUUAAAAUUACUUCAUUUAAAUACAAAUCUGUCAUCUGCUGUUUUAAGGUAUUUAUUACAGUUUAUUAGUUUUAAUUUUUUUUUCUUAAAAACUAGUCUGUCAAUAUAUGAAUAAUUAAGGAAUAUUAUAAUUUAUUUGAUCUACUGAAAUUCAGUAAUUAAAUCAGGUGAGUUUCACAAAAUUAUCUUUUGAGCAGUUCAUAUCAAUAGUUAUUUAAAACAAAAAAAGAUUCUUUAUAAAUAAACCAUCUUAAGUUAUCUGUGGUUGAGUACACAAGUUAAAAUAUCAACUGAUUUGAAAACGUUAAAACUAAUUAAUUUUCAACUUUCUGGUUUCCUUUUACCUAAAUCAGAUUAAAUUAAAAAAAAAAAUGUAAUUAUGACACAUCCUCAUUUCAAUUAUUAAAAUAUAUUUGCAUUUAAAAAAUAAUGUUUAUAUUUUUAAUGGCUUGGUUUUGUUUUGCUCCAUACUGUUUUAAUAAAAUCUCAACAUCUUCGCACUACUUAAAUUGUAUAUUACUACUAGGAAAAUCACUUUAUAUUUAUUUCCGACUACAUAUUAAUUAAAAAUAAAUAUGUAAAUUCACUUUUAGGAUUAAGGUUAAACUAUAACAGCGUUGGAUCUAGUUAAUAUUAAAGAUUGAAGUCGAGGUAUUUCAAAAAGAAUGAACCGGUUUCAUUAAGCUAUAUUUCUUUAACGAACAGUUGUGCGUAACUUACAUAUGCCAUUUUUAUGAAUGUAUUCCUACUGGAAGAAGUGAGAAGAUUAAGAUUAAGUAGGGCCAUACAAAGAAAGUACCAUCCUGAUCAAUGUUUUGACGAAUCCACUGCUGAGGCACGAUUUCAUUGAAAAAUUCUCACACAAGUUCCCAUAGGGUGGUGCUUCAUCUUGCUGAAAAACGGAGGUUCUCAACAUUUGAGUUAGCGUUGUUCUGUGACUGUAUUAAGCAAGAAGAGAGGAUCGCCCACCUGAGUUGAUUGAUUGAAAUAAAGCUUCCAAAUCGAUUCAUUUCCUUCUCUUUUUUUAAAAACCCGUAUCUUUAAAUGCUUGGAGCCAUUGGAAAUAUCUUAAGAUUUCCACUGGCAAAACUGAACUGUUGCCUUCAAUUUGAGUGAGAUUGUAAGAACUUAUUCAUGUAAAGUAUAAUUAAUACUCCAGUCAUUUCUAAGAAUAACAGUUUGUAUUCAACAUUCAAAAACUUGAAAUAUUUAUGAACUGUAUUAAAUACUUAUUUAAACUGUCCAAAGUAAAAUCUGCUCGCAUUACCAUAUCUUGGUAUUAGAUGUUAUAUAAAUAUAUAUUAAUUAUAGCAUUUAACUGUUAACGUAGAUGUGAUAAAAUGGAUGUGAUGUUACAAUUGUAUAUAAAUUGUUAUCAAUUGUAUAAUAUUAUAAACAUUUUAUUUUAUAAUCUGAUCUUAUUCAAUCACCAUCAUGCAUGAGUAUUCUUAUUAAUCUUGUACUAUUGUUGUAAUUAUUUUUUGAAUUCACAAGUUAAUGCAAUUCUUGUUAUUAAAAUUAUCUGUUAUUCACUUUCCCGAAUUAACUGUUCUACUGAAGAUAAAAGGAAGUAUUUUAUUAUAUUCUGAAUCAAUAUUUCUUUUUAAAAAUAAUACAUUAAAUAUUUCGGUAUUGAUUUGUGAUUAUUUUACUCAAAAUGUGUUGAGAAAAAAUAGUCAAAUCAUACUGUCCAAUUUCAGAUUGAAAGCUUAUCAGUGAAAUAACAUUGGCAAUUUCUCAAUUUUAUACUGGCUAAUCAAAAGUAUUUUUAUAAAUUCGUAACAAAUAUUAAAUUGUUUUAUUUGAUCUCGAAACAGAUUUCUUUUCUUUAUUUUUCAUAAAACCACAGGAGAUUCAGAUUAAUAAAAACAAUUUGGAUGAAAUAGUAGCAUAGAUGUAUGUUAGCAAUAUUCUAAUACAUAUUAACUAAACUAUGUUAAGUUUGAAAGUUUAACAUUGAAUGUUGAUUUAUAGAAAUCUGUGUACUAUUCUGUUUCACUGGGUUGAUGUGAUAUAGGUAACAGUAUUGCCUUCAGGAAAAUCGAGAAGUUCAAGUUGGGAUGAAAUAUGUAUGUUUAAGUUUUCUAAGAUAUUUUAAUUUAUUUUUAAAAAUAUUAGAAUUAGAGUUUAUUGAUUAAUUUGAUUUGUAAGACUGUAUGUAUGAAAAUCAAAUGUAAAUAAAGAUUGCCUGGAAAAUUAUUCAGGCUUAACUCUAU